GCGGAGAUCUUCAUUGCCACAUGGCUAGCGGCUCCCCACGCUCGCACUAGCAGUGCUGGUGUGUGCACGCAAAAUGGGGAGGAGCCAGUAGGCCGAGACGCAUUUUUUUUUACCCAUUUAAACGAGCUGAGCAUGCGCAGUGAAUAAAAAGUGGGACUUAGUCUGUUACACAACUGUUUCUUUCUCCAUUCUGCUUACUGCUCCUCGCCGGCAAUUGCUCUCAAGACAUUUCAUACUUUAAUUUUAAAAUAAGGAACCAGGAAAUGAGUGGGGAUCAAGUUCACAACGACUCCCAGAUCGACACGGGAUCUCGAGUUAAUGAUUCCCAUAGACACAGAGACAAGCAUAAGGACAAAGAACACAAACACAAAGACCACAAGAAGGACAAGGAACGGGAGAAAUCCAAGCAUAGUAACAGUGAACAUAAGGACUUCUCCGAAAAGAAACACAGAGAUAAGGACAAGCUCAAGCACAAAGACGGUAGCUCAGAGAAACACAAGCACAAGGACAAAGAGAAACGAAAGGAAUUCAAGGUCAAGUCUCCCAGUCAGGAAGAUAAAGUAAAAAAAGAAAAAGAAAAUGGGUUUUCUAGUCCUCCUCGCAUAAAGGCAGAGCCGGACAGUGAUGACUAUUGCUUCUCUCCUAAACACGAGAAGUCACUAAAGCGCGAACGGGAUGACGAUGACACUGAAUUUAAGCCAAAAAAAAUCAAGACAGAAGAUGAGAAGAAGGCCAAGAAGAGGAAACAAGAAGAUGAGGAUAUCAAACCCAAAAAGAAGACAAAAGACAAGGAUAAGAAGGAAGGAGCUGCUGACGGCAAGAAGAAAGGAAAGAAAGAGCCUGAGGAGAAGUGGAAAUGGUGGGAGGAAGAGCGGUACACAGAUGGGGUGAAAUGGAAGUUUCUGGAACACAAAGGUCCAGUUUUUGCCCCUCCCUAUGAACCUCUUCCCGGUAAUGUCAAAUUCUACUAUGACGGGAAAACCAUGAAGCUGAGUUCUCAGGCAGAGGAAGUGGCCACCUUUUUUGCCAAAAUGUUGGACCAUGAAUACACUACCAAGGAUAUCUUCCGGAAAAAUUUCUUCAAGGACUGGCGUAAGGAAAUGACGCCUGAGGAGAAGUCCAUUAUCACUGACCUGAAUAAGUGCAAUUUCACAGAGAUGCACGAGUACUUCAAGGCUCAGUCUGAGGCCAAGAAACAGAUGACUAAAGAAGAGAAGCAGCAAAUCAAAGAGGAGAAUGAGCGAAUCCUGCAGGAGUACGGCUACUGUGUGAUGGACAACCAUAAGGAGCGCAUCGCCAACUUCCGCAUCGAGCCCCCGGGGCUGUUUCGGGGCCGAGGGGACCACCCCAAGAUGGGCAUGCUGAAGAGGCGCAUCCGGCCGGAGGACAUCAUCAUCAACUGCAGCAAGGACUCCAAAGUUCCCAAGCCGCCUCCCGGUACUAAGUGGAAGGAGGUGCGUCAUGACAACAAGGUGACGUGGCUGGUAUCCUGGACGGAGAACAUUCAGGGCUCCAUCAAGUACAUCAUGCUGAACCCCAGCUCCAGGAUCAAGGGAGAGAAGGACUGGCAGAAGUAUGAGACGGCGCGGAGGUUGAAGAAGUGUGUGGACCGGAUUCGGAACCAGUACCGGGAGGAUUGGAAGUCCAAGGAGAUGAAAAUCCGUCAGAGAGCCGUUGCCCUCUACUUUAUAGACAAGCUGGCGCUGAGAGCAGGUAACGAGAAGGAGGAGGGGGAGACGGCGGACACAGUGGGCUGCUGCUCCUUGAGAGUGGAGCACAUCAAGCUGCACCCCGAGCUGGAUGGCCAGGAAUUUAUGGUGGAGUUCGACUUCCUGGGAAAGGAUUCCAUCCGCUACUACAACAAGGUUCCUGUGGAGAAGAGGGUCUUCAAGAAUCUGCAGCUCUUCAUGGAGAACAAGCAACCUGAAGAUGACCUCUUUGACCGUCUCAAUACCUCCAUUCUGAACAAGCACCUUCAGGAGCUGAUGGACGGACUCACAGCCAAAGUGUUCCGUACCUAUAACGCUUCCAUCACUCUGCAGCAGCAGCUCAAGGAGCUCACGACUCCUGAUGAAAACAUCCCUGCUAAGAUCCUAUCCUACAACCGAGCUAACAGGGCCGUGGCUAUCCUAUGUAACCAUCAAAGAGCGCCACCCAAAACCUUUGAGAAGUCCAUGCAGAACCUGCAGUCAAAGAACGCAUUGUGCACUCCAGGUGGGUCUGGCAGUGUGCAAUUAAAAAGGCCAUUAACUUCACAACCAGUCCUGCUUCAGAAAAAGAAACAAAGUGUUACUGAAUGAGAUGUAUUUUCAUAGGGACAGUAAACUGUAGACCAAGGUAAUGUGAUCUUUAUCCUUUCUGUCACCUUCUUCACUGAAAGUUGUUAUGCUGCAGGGUGCAUGUGGACCACUGAGAUGACAAGUUUCAGAAGGCUAUGUUUUAGGGUGGCCAGCCAAGUCUUUCAUGAGUUUGCAGAACACCCAUUUUAAAUGGGUGACUAUUUAAAGUACACCUUGGUGUGUAGGUUUGGGGUGGCAAGUGUUUGCUAUUUCAAGAGCUGAUUAUUCUCUCCUUUAAACACAUUAUCAUAGCAAAUAUGCAUCUCCACAUUCCACCCCUUUGUCCCUUGAUUUUCAGUCUUCAUGAUUUAGUACUUUUGGUAGGUGAAGAGAAUUCAAAUUUUAACUCCUUACCACGAAGGCAGUCGCCUUUUCUGCUAAAUGUGGUGUUAAUUGUGCAGGUGUGUCACCAUCUGUAGAACCAAAAUGUCCACAUCUAACUAGAAGGACAUAAAAUAGUUCACUCCACAGCAGCAGGUGUAAAAUGCAUGAGAUAUUGAACUGAGAGAAGAGUAACUAAAUGUAAUGCUUUCAAAAUUAAGUCUCUGAUUCACACUGUUAGAUGCUUUUCUUGACCAUCGAUGGUGCACACUAUGGAAUGAAAAUCAAAGGGAAAGAACAGGAGUAAGCUUGUAUUUAAUACACUUUUACAUUACCACAUUGUUUUAAUUAUCUGCUGUUUUAGCAUGUUUAAUGACAGAAUAAUCAUAAAUCCCCUUUAAGAAGCUUUUGCCUCUUCAUGUUUUGCUGCUGGUGUCAGCAUUCCUAAUCUGGACUAACUUGAAGUUCUAGUCACAUGAUGAACACUAAAACUCUUCUUAAUCUGACAGAUUCCUGGAAUGGCAUUCUCUAUUCCAGAUUUAGCCGGGGGUUACAUUACGGACAGAUGUAAAUAAGUCAAUUUAACGUUCCUAUAUUUGUAUGGUAUUGAACUACUAGCAUGAUCUAAAGUGAACCAGAAGGCCUAAUAGUCCUCAUUACUUGAAGUGAAACCUGCUGACUUGGCGCCAACUGGCCAUUCCUCACAGAUCCCAUUCCUUCUUGCUCG